UUAUCGGAGUCUGCCGAGAGUCGAAAUGCAAUUCUCCAAGUCAGUUACACUGUCAGACAUGAUCAGCAUACUAUUAACUAGUUGCUUUGCCGUCGUGCCUCUUGUGAGCGCUCAGACUGUUGACUGGGACGAGUCCUCGAAAGACGAUGCGACUUUGAAGACUAAAUCGAUUAACUCCCUUUCCAGCCAGCGAGGAAGAUUCUUUCCUCUAUUUAGUGUCGUGCGUUUCGCCAAUUCGCAGUGCUUAUCGAGCGCCGAGAGUCGUUUGAACGGCACCUGCUUCACGAGGCGAGAAUGCACGAAUUUCGGAGGUACUCCCUCGGGACCGUGUGCCAAUGGACUGGGCACUUGUUGCGUGUUUCAGAAAUCCUGCGGCUCUACCACCAACGUAAAUAACACGUAUUUCGUAAGUCCGAAUUAUCCCAUCACUUAUCGAGGAGGGGAACGCUGCACGAUCACUGUUCAACGCUGUAAUUCGAACAUAUGUCAGUUGCGAUUGGACUUUUUAGAAGCGACUCUCGCUCAACCAAAUGCCACCGGAUGGUGCGAUUUUGACGUGCUUCUGGUAUCCGGAGGCUCGUCCACGGUGCCCAGAAUGUGCGGAGAUAAUACUAAUCAGCACGUGUACGUCGACUUCAAUGGAGCAACGCCGAUCAUGAUAUCCGUCGAUACCAACGCGGAUUACGUGUUUGAUCGGCGCUGGAACAUACGGAUUCAACAAAUACCGUGCGAUUCCGUCUGUAGAGCUCCUAACGGAUGUUUGCAAUAUCACAAGACUGUCUCUGGUGUCGUGAUGAGCUUUAACUUCGGUACAACGGAAAACGUACGAGCUCCUCAAAUUGGAACGCGGCAAAUGGUGAAUCAUCGUUACGGCGUGUGCAUUAGAAUGGCUUUGGGUUAUUGCAGUAUCGAGUGGUCGCAAGUGGAUAUAUUCUCCUUCUCUGUCUCCGGCGACACGGAAGUGUUUGGUCCAGAUAUAAUAGGCACGGAUUUAGUAGCGGAAUCUGGCGAUAUGUGCAUGCAAGAUUUCGUAAUUAUACCUGGUCCGCGUGAAAACGGCGUGCCGACUAAUACAGACAGGUUUUGCGGAAAUGGAUUUAUUACUAAAACAUCGGACUUGAAACCGUUCGUACUCUACGUCGUCACGGACGGCGAUGAAAUGAUAGACGUUCAAAAUAAAGGCUUCAGACUAAUGUUCCGUCAGCUACCUUGCGCAGUUUAAGUAAAUUACACGCGUGACACACGUUAUGUAUUCUUACUGAAUAUAAGCAUAUCAGUACUUGUCGUUUAUUGUGUUAAUAAGUAACUCUGUACACGGUGCGACAGUGAAUGGUAUUAUCUGCUUAAUUUCGCGCUUCCACCAUGUGUAUCGACUUGUUCCUUCAUAGCGUUGUACCAAACGCCGAUUUUUGUGUUCGCUAAUAAAUCUUGGAAAGCGUCACAGCCUUCGAUGCUUUUCAAGACACCGUACACCGCUAAAUCAGACAGAUCAGGCUUGUUACCGCCCAUGAACGUGGUGCCGCGUGCGUUUAUGUUGCGCAGCCAAUAGUUCGCUUCGUCGUACAACGACUGUCGAACGUCGUUCUUUAGACGAUGUCUCUUCUUAAGUCUUUUCCCAAUUAGCCACAUUGCCGUUGCACCGACGUUCACUACUAAUAUUCGUUCCCAUGAUGGAAAAUACUCCUCCCAUUUUCCAAUCUGUAUAAGAUAAAAUAAAUUUUAUUUGUUAUGUCA